AAAGUGGAAAAAUGCGAGCGAUAUUCCUGGACUCUAUACUGGCUGCCUGGCUAUACUUACCAUUGGGGUGGGACGGGUAAGCCAGGCAGCCAUGCAGUGCAUAGUUAGGAAUGACAGUUCCCGGAUAUCUGCCUUCUAUUGGCUGUCAGUCACGAGGAAGCAAUCUACCGCGACACAGCUGCGUUCGAGAACUGGUUGCCAAGGUCGAACGUGCCGCCGUUAACUGCAACCCAUCAUCAACUGCGUCUGUGACCAGCUCGCCCAACAUUCACAACGCCGAAAAUAAUGCUGGGUCCUUGUGCGAGGACGCCGAGGCUCAAGUUCAGGCCCUCGGCACCAAACACGCGUCCACGGUUGACGCUUUCAACGCGGCACUGGGAUUUCAGACAUUCAAUGGGGGGUUGAAUCAGGCGAGUGUAAAGGCUCUACUGAGGUUGGCAGCAACGAGCCAGGGACUUGUGAAGGGGACUUUGCCCGAUGCUUGACUUACGGGCACGAUUAUACUAGUGCACCACCAGAUCGAUAAAUUAAAGAACUUUUGGCUUCACAUUGUCAAGUUCGAAGGCUGUCAUAUUUUGAAUCUCGUCGACGGACCGCAUGAUGCUCUGGACAAUUCUGCAUCUAGCAAACCUAU